AUGGCGGCAGAGCCUCGCCGGAAGGUGGUGGGGGCAGCGUGCGAGGACGCGCAUGUGGGGGAUGAGGAGGAUGACAGGGACCACGCACGCAGCACUGCCGGCAUCGCCUUCAAGAGAGCGAGCCGCGACAUGAUGCGCCUCUUCGACAGCACGGUCCGCAUGGGCCAAAGGGUCUUCCACGUGGUGAUGCGCAUCGUGGGCCCGUGCCUCGUGCUGCUGGCGCUCAGCCUCAUAGGCUUCGUGACCUACACCUACUUCUGGUACGGUUUCGCUGAGAUGGCCAAAGAGGUGGGGCAGCCGGGUGCUGUGGCCAUCUCCAUGGUGGGGGUCUUCUUGCUGACCAACGCGCUGUACAAUUAUGCCAAGGCAGUCAUGACCUCCGCCGGUAUUCCACCCGAGUUCGAGGCGGAGCUCGAAGCCUGCAAGGCUCCUCCGAGGAAGUGCGCCAAGUGCGGCAAGCUGAAGCCGCCCCGGGCGCACCACUGCAGCGUCUGCGGGGUUUGCGUCAUGAAGAUGGACCAUCACUGCCCGUGGAUCAACAACUGCGUUGGUUUUGGGAACUACAGAUAUUUCUGCCUCUUCCUCCUCUUCAUCGCAUCGGCCUGCACGUUCAUCGUCGUGGUCUUUGGAGUGUGCUUCGAGGAUGUGAUCUUUACAUGGGGCAGAAGAGGAACACGGGCCUUUCGCCAGAGUGUCCUCAUCUCCUUCAUGAUUUGCGCCUCCAUCCUGUGUGCGGUGUGCAUGCUCGGGGGCUUCCACCUCUAUUUGGUCUUGACCAACCAGACCACCAUCGAGUUUCAGAUCAACAUGAUCCGCCGGAGGCAAUGCCGGCGCAACGGCGAGUUCUUCCGGAAUCCUUACGACGUGGGGCGGAGCCGCAACUGUCAGGAGGUCUUUGGUCCCAACAGCUUGUGGGGCUUCCGCUGGAUGUUCCCCUGGAUGGCGUUGGCGCCGACCGGGGACGGCAUCAAGUACGCCUCCAUCGACAAGAUGCUCUUCCUGGCUGUGGUGUCCCACGAGGAGCCCCCGCUGGCUGUAUUUGAGCUUCUGGAUCGCAUCUACCAGGUGCUCUUGAGAUACCUGGGGGAGGUCAGCGAGGAUUCUCUUCGCCAGAACUUCUCCACGGUGUAUUUGCUUUUGGACGAGAUGAUUGACAGCGGGCUGCCUUUCACCACGGAGAUGAACCGACUGGAGUCCAUCAUCGCGCCUCCCUCGGCCAUCGGCAAGGUGGUCCAGGCGGUUUCCGGCAGCAGCACCCAAGUGCUCUCCGACGUGCCCUUGGAGGCUGCUGGCCAGGCAGGCCCCUUCGGCGCUCUGUCCUCUGCCCUGGGAGGCUUGACGCAUAGCCACAUCGGCGGAGCUUCCGCCGAGGUGUGGUGGCGGCGGCAAAAUGUGGCAUAUGGCUCCAACGAGGUGUACGUCGACAUUGUCGAGACGGUCAGCUGCAUUUGCAACGGCACCGGAAACAUGAUUUCCGGGGGCGUCAGCGGAGAAGUUUUGAUCAACAGCAAGCUGAGCGGCGUUCCGGAGGUGUUGCUCUCCCUGCGGAACCCGGCGGUCUUGCAGAACGCCUCCUUUCACCCCUGCGUACGACUCCCGCGAUUCCAGAGAGACAAGGCCUUGUCCUUCAUCCCCCCUGACGGCGAGUUCUCGCUGGCCACGUAUUGGAUUCCGGACACCACCAUGAACUUGCCCUUCCACUUCGCGGUCUCGGUGAACUACCACUCGGACCAUGGGAAGGUGCAGAUCUCAGCCAGCCCAAAGAUGGCGAUCACCAUGCAGAACAAGCAGAUGCUGAUUGACAAGUUUGUGGUCAACAUCCGGCUGCCAGCCUCCAUUGCCUCAGCCAACUUGGCGUGCCAGGGCGGCAGCAUUCGAUUCGACGACGAGUCCAAGGUGCUGAUCUGGAACCUCGGCAAGCUCGCGAGCCAGGAAUGCAAGGCCGAGGGCACUUUGAACUACGGCACUGACCCCAAGGACGGCACGCCGCAGAUCCCUUCAGAGGAGAAGCCCACGGCUCAACUGGCCUUUGUGAUCAAAGGCUGGGCCAUUUCAGGCGUUCGCCUGGAUGCCUGUGAUGUGAGCAGCAUCAACUACACGCCCUACAAGGCCUCGAGGUACACCACCACUGCCGGGAAGAUCGAGUAUCGGAUUGCGUGA